AUGUCAACGCUACUGUACGAUAUACCAAGUAAUCCCACCCCACGAUGUAUGGACCAAGGUACUGUAAGAAUUACCGUCAUGGGAGAUGAACGCUCAGGUAAGACCUCGUUGGUUCUGAGAUGCAUAACAGACUCGUACCAUGAAGUCGCCACGGGGGCCUACAUGGAGGACAUAUAUCAUAAGCCGGUUAACUUGAAUACAUUAGCGAAGGAUAUUGGAUAUGAAGGACAGGGACUCAAUAACAGGAUCCCUAGAAACAUGAUGGACGUGUAUAUGUUGGAUUGCAGUGCAUUCGAGAUCGCUGACUUUUCAGAUAUAAGAAACGAACAAAUUAUUCAGUCAGACGCAUUUAUCAUAUGCUUCGACCCAACAGACAGAGCCACUUUUUCAAACCUGAGGACGUACCAAAGGAGAAUUGAAAGGGUACGAGGCAUAGAUGAUGCAGUACCCAUCUUUGUGGUCGCCACAAAGGUGGACCUACAGGCGGAUAUGAAGAUACAAAGGGAAGAGAUACACGAAAUGUUGAACAGGUUUGAGCUGUCCUAUGACGACGACUACUUCGAGGUGUCUUCAAAACUUAACUUAGACGUUAAACAGCUUCUAUGGCAGACGUUGAUGAAAAUAGAAGAUUAUAGAAGGGACCAACGUAGUCACCUAGAAUCUGAAAAGCUCACACCAAACACGUUAUCGGCAUUAAUGGACAAAAAUGCAACGGCAUCUUUGUCCGCCACACCAAACAGCACCAAGAGCUGCAUGCAGGAGAAGGUUGAAAGCGAUGACAUCAACCCUAAACUUCACAACAACGACGAUGAGAAAAGGGAACUGCUCGGAACAGACAGAGUUUCCGCACGGACGUUGCAAUGCAGGAAAGUUAGCUCGUCUGCCUCUCAACACAGGAAAUCUACGAGACACACUAACAUGACAAAACCGGACAGUACGUGUUGCAUCGUAUGCUGA